AUGGAACAGCCUCGCGCACUGAGGCUUCUCCAGAACGAUGCCUUCGUGACUCCAUUAAAUGUAUUCGCAACUCACUUAAAUGCCCCGUGUUCGUCCAUUUUAUUAGCGCAGGAAGAUCUAUACUCACGGAUAUAUUUAGUAGUUGGAAAGAUUACUGGAGAGGUGAGAAUCAAAUAUGAUCAGAUGACUGACGUUUUAGACCGUAUUCUUCCCAGUAGAUCGUGCCGAAUGUGUUUCCAAAUUUGAAUCCGAAUCUAAAGAACCGAUUACUGCAACAACAGCUGGGGAUGUUAGGAAUACUGGGAAGUAAGCAAUACAUUUCUGUUUCCAAACUUGGAUGUGUAAUCUUUACAUUACAAAGUUUUAUUUUAGAGUGGAGGUGGUGACAGUGUCGUGCAAUGGCCAUCUCCAAUCCCUCAGGUUUCCUCACCCCACCGCCCAGACUGCAACCCCCAUUCCAACCCGAGUUUUCUCCCAACAAGUCAACGCCAAUGUGUGUGCUGCCGAGUGUUUUGACAUCGAUGGAGAUGGUCUUAACGAAUUUCUGGUAGUAAUGACUGAUCGAGUUGUCCGAUCUUAUCGUUUCGACCAAAUGGCUGAUUGUUUGGUCCCUCAAAACAAAUGGGAAAUGCCAAAUCAGAUAUCCGGAUGGGCGUUGGGACUUGGAUCAGGAGGUCCGGACAUUGGAUAUGGUCUGCCCGACACUGGCCUAGUACAUUAUGGAACAGUUCCUGGCCAAGGAAUUCCCUUUGCAGGACUAGCCCAGACUCCAAAUGCGUCAGCUUUAAAUGCUGGGCUUAGUCUGCCAAUGAGGCUAGGACAAGAGAAUUGGGCCCUUCUCAGUCAGGCUUGCCAAUCACAAUACGUCAGAUUAGACUUUGGACAGAGCAAGAAUGUUAGAGUAGUGCAAUCUACUGUGGCCGAUCGGAAGUACGGGACCUUACUCUUCAUUCCUCCCAAUCCUUAUGCCAUCCGAUUAAUGCAAUCAUUGGUCUCGAAAUUGGUUAUGGUAACAUCAGAAAAAGAAGUGGAAUUACACAAUCCGGGAGGCGACUUUGUUUGUGUUACUCACGCGAGGCUACAUUCGGGAUUGCAUACGAUAAUUACUGUUGAUCCGUGGGGACAGCUCUUGGUCUACGCCUUUACAAAAGAUUCGGUGAACAUUUUUAUUACUUUGGUCGUAUUUUGGAAAGUUUUGCGUCAUGAUUACUUAAUUUACAGCAAGUCGUAGAUCCCGUCGCUCGCUGCAAUGUUCUCCGAGACGUCGAUCACAUGUGUGCAUUCCCGGGUCCCAGUAAUUACAGUCUCUUCUUGAGCCUGGUUAAUAUCUACAAUAAGGUCGCAAUAUAUCUGAUUGAUCUGGCUCACAUUAUUCAGAUUAUUUAA